AUGAGCGUUCCAGCAGUGGGCCAACGUCGGUCAUUCGACGGCCACUUGUGUACCAUCCGAUAUGUGGGACCCGUUGAAGGAACCAGCGGCGACUGGUUAGGAGUCGAAUGGGACGAAGCAACACGAGGCAAGCACUCAGGAGAACAUAGAAGUGUCAGAUACUUCUCCUGCAAAAGUAAACAUCCAACAGCGGGGUCUUUUGUCCGCCCCUCCAGGCCUUCAGAUCCACCCCGGAGCUUCUUAGAAGCCCUGCGGGAGAAGUAUGCUUCUGAGUCUGAGCAAGACUUUGCGGACGCCGCUUUGCUGGGUGCGGCAGCUGCUCGAGCCAAGGCAAUUGAGAUCAGUGGCAAAGUCGUUGAGGAAGUUGGGUUCGAGAAGAUUCGGAAACAGCUUGCUGAGCUACAGGAUUUGCGCAUUGUUUUACUUGAUGGCUUGCUGAUUGUCGGCGUUCUUGCUUCUUAUGACCAGGCUCGGGAGGAGCAUGGCGAAGAGGCGCGGAAGAUUGGGGAAACCUGUCCCAAGAUCACGGAACUCGAUCUCGGUCGCAGCUUGCUGAGUCGGUGGCGGGAUGUCUGGGAUAUCUGCGAUCAGCUCAAGCAUCUGAGACGGCUAAAGCUCAAUGGAAACCGAUUUCUACCUUUGGAGGAUGACCUGACCUUCAAUGGAAUCACGGAGCUACAUUUAGAUGACACGCUACUUACCUGGGAUGAAAUUACUGCCAUUGCAUCUCGAUUCCCAGACUUGACAUCUCUUACAGCAUCCGCCAACCAGCUCACAGACUUAACCAGUCCACUCCCCAGCACCAUUACAACCCUAACGCUCGAGCACAACGAGAUAACCUCACUAUCAGCCCUGCGCCAUAUCGCCGCACUCCCCAACCUCCAACACCUCUCCAUCCGCGGCAACAAUCUCUCCACCGUGAACAAAGACCCAACAGACAACACCAUAGACUUCCAAUUUCCACCAACUCUCCGCUCCCUCGACAUAUCCCGCAACAAAAUCACCUCCUGGGCAAUCCUCAACAAACUUCCAACCGUCUUCCCAGCCCUAACAACCCUCCGAAUAACCGGCAACCCCCUCUUCGACCUCCCACCCCUCCCACCAACAAUCACAGAAGCCUCCAAACCAAUGACCGUCGACGAGGCGUUCAUGCUAACCCUCUCUCGCUUCCCACCAUCCCUCACAAUCCUAAACUACAGCACCAUUUCCCCACAAGACCGCUCAAACGCCGAAAUGUACUACCUCUCCCUCAUCGGCAAGGAGCUCUCUGCCACGAGCGAGGCAGAAGAACCCGCUAUUCUCGACACGCACCCGCGGUACCGGGAGCUGUGCGAGCUCUAUGCCGAGCCGACCAUCACAAGAGCCGUUAUUUCAGAUGGCUCCGGGGCGAGAGUUAUCCAUCCGCGGUCUGUUGCCGCGCGGCUUGUUAAGAUGGCGUUUUAUCUACCACCGGGCGACGAUGGGCCCAAGAGGCUUGUCAAGGAGGUCCCUGGCUCAUUUGAUACUUACCAGAUUAAGGCGCUAGUGUCGCGGCUCUUUGGGCUGCCGGCGUUUUGGUUUCGGUUGAUUUGGGAGACGGAUGAGUGGGAUCCUGUGGAGAAGGCGGCGGGUGAUGGCAUGGUUGAGUGGGAUGAAGAUAGUGAGGAUGAGGAAAGACCUGGUGUUGGCUCUGGGAUUGAGGCCCGGGAUGGUCCUGAUACGAGCCGGUUUGUGCGCAGGGAGGUUGAGCUGGUUGAUUCGACGAGGGAUAUUGGAUUCAUGUUCCAGGGUGAAGUGGGAGAGAUUAGGAUUCGAGUCGAGAUCAGCUGA